AUGGCGGGCGAAGUACGCCAGCCCAUAGAUAUUCCCGCUUUGGAACGGUACAUUGACCAGAAUGUGCCGGAGCUCAAGACUCCACUCGAUGUGAAGCAGUUUGGCUUCGGUCAAUCGAACCCUACCUACCUGCUUAAGACCGCCGAUGGCACACAGGUCGUUCUGCGUAAGAAGCCCCCUGGCAAGCUGCUCUCGAAGACAGCCCAUAUGGUCGAGCGCGAGUACAAGAUCAUCCGUGCAUUGGGAGGUACCGACGUACCAGUCCCGAAGGCGUACUGUCUCUGCGAAGAUGUCAACGUGAUUGGAACCGCCUUUUACAUCAUGGAGUUCCUCGACGGGCGGCAUUUCACCGACCCAUCGAUGCCAGGCGUGAGCCCGGAGGAGAGGACAGCACUGUGGAAAGAUGCAGUGCGAACGCUCGCCAAGUUCCACAACGUAGACCCCAAGAGCGUGGGGCUUGAUACCUUCGGCAAGCCGACAGGCUUCUUCGACCGGCAGAUCAAGACCUUCACGACCAUCUCCAAAGCGCAAGCGGCCGUCGUCGACGUCGACACCAAAGAGCCCGUCGGCGAACUCCCCCACUUCAACGACAUGGUCGCCUUCUUCUCGCAGAAGAGCAUGCAACCGCUCGACCGCGGCACCCUCGUCCACGGCGACUACAAAAUCGACAACCUGAUGUUCCAUAAGACGGAGCCGCGGGUGAUUGGCGUGCUGGACUGGGAGAUGGCGACCGUAGGACACCCUCUCUCCGACUUCUGUAAUCUCACGGGCCCGUAUGUCAUGGACAACGCGGACAGUCAGCUGGCGCUGUUUGCCCCCGGUGCAGUCGCAGGGCUGCCGCGGCGCGAGGAGUGCAUUCAGUGGUACGCCGAGGCGUCCGGGUACGAUACGAGCUCGGACGUGACGUGGGGCGAUGCGUUCUUUGCAUUCCGGGGAUCCGUGAUUAUGCAGGGCAUUGCGGCCCGGUAUGCUGCUAGGCAGGCUAGUAGUGCGCGGGCUGGGGACUAUGCAAAGAGGGCGAAGCCGUUUGCUGAGUAUGCCUGGGAGAGGGUUAAGGUGGUUAAGCGGGCUGGUGAGGGGAGGUUGUAG